AUGCAACUUUAUUCUUUGGCGCAAGAGAAACAGUUUAUUGGUGAGAUCACCAAGAAUUACCAGUCGGUUGAUGUCAUUGGAGCUAAACUAGGUGGUUCAGUAGUUGCUACGUCCGAUGAAUGGUUUGCUGCUGCAGAGAACCUGAUUCAACCCAAGGUUCCUAUCAGAGAUGCCACAAAGUUUACACACGCUGGUGCAUGGUACGACGGAUGGGAAACUAGAAGACAUAAUGAAAAAGAGUAUGACUGGGUGAUAAUUAAGAUGGGUGUACACGCAGCGCGUAUAGUCGGUGGUGAGAUUGAUACUGCCUUUUUCAAUGGUAACCAUGCUCCACACGUUUCAGUCGAUGCCUUGUUUGACUAUAACGAAAACAAUGAAAGCGUCUCAGAGACUGACCCGCGCUGGGAGGAAGUUAUCACCAAGUUUGAAUGUGGUCCAUCUCAAAGGCACUUCUUCAUUCGUGAAGGAGGACUGACUGAGAAAACGUAUACUCACAUCAAAUUGAAGAUGUAUCCAGACGGCGGGAUUGCUAGAUUUAGAUUGUACGGUAAAGUCGUGCCACCUGAGUUCAAAAAACUAAGCGCCAAUAACAAUAUCGAUUUGGCCUUUGUUUGCAACGGUGCCGUUGCUUUGGAUUUCUCUGAUCAACAUUUUGGGUCAGCCGACAACUUGCUACUACCAGGUAGAGGCCACGAUAUGUCUGACGGGUGGGAAACCAAAAGGUCAAGGACCCCUGGGCAUACUGACUGGGUGAGCAUCCAAUUGGGCCGUCAAUCCACGUUCAUUGAUAAGAUUGUUAUCGAUACCGCUCAUUAUAGAGGCAAUUUCCCUCAAUAUAUUACUGUCCAUGGCUGCCAGGGUCCCCCAGAUAAAGAUACACAAUGGAUUGAGCUGGUGGGUAAAUCCAAAACUGGACCGGAUACGGAGCACGAAUAUAAAAUCCAGAAAGAAAUGAAAUUGACUCACGUAAAAUUGACAAUAAUCCCAGAUGGUGGGGUCAAAAGAAUUAGAGUCUGGGGUUAUUAA